AUGAACGCUGUGGUGUUGACCAACAAGUUCACCAACCGUGAAUAUGUCUAUUUUGGCUGCUACGGCUGCGGGUCCAACCUCCAGCCGGUGGCUUUCAUCGAGAUCUGGCAAAAGCAAAGAAUUAUGUCGUCGGCGACGGAUGUUUUGACCACGCGCCUGGAGAAGGGCUAUGAAGAUGCACAGGUUUUUGAGAAUGAGGAUCGGUGUUCAAUUGUCCCGUCCAGCGAUGGCGUGGACGGAGCUGACCUUGCCCUUAUCAGUUGUGGAAAUUUCAAAGAGCAUAUCUGUGCUACUUACAACUUGAAGCGGAAACCUGUUGAUGUUUAUUAG